GAAUACCAUUAUAAAUCCCAGCCGGCCACGUGACUGGCAAUCACAUGACAUGUACAUAAUACUGCAUGCAUGUAAUAAUACAAGAAAGAAGCUGCUCUGAAGAACUAUCUAUGAAGAUGUGGAGGUCAAUAUCAGUAGUGUUGCUAGGAGCACUGUGUCUAGUUGAAUGCCAGACCCCAUCAGUCACUACUGUGGCCCCGACUCCUACCAAGAGCAGCUCCUCUAUGAAGAUGAAGCCAACAGUCCAUCCCUCCCCCACACCCAUACCCCUACCCCCUGGAGUCAGCCAUUACACAUAUGUCCUGAACGAUGUCACGAACAAGAGUCUACCUUGUCUAAGGAUGCAAGUUGAUGUUGCUCUCAACUUCACCUUUGUUAACACUACCAACUUUACAAGGAGUCUUUGGAUUCGUUUCCAUAACACGAGCGCUAACGACUCCAUAGUUACAGUGGACAAAGAAGCCAGUGUGUGCAAUGGUACUGUCAACUCACCCUUCGCUACUCUCACUCUAAAGUAUGUCACUAAAGAACAUGUGGAGCCUUAUUACGUCAGCUUCUCCUUCAAAGGGGACAGGACUCGUGGAAACCAGCAAUGGAACUUCGAUAAACUCUCUGUGAAAUUCACCUAUUUGUCUAGUUUAUUCCUAGAAAACGAGGAUAAACUGGGUGAUAAUAAAGUGUAUAUGUUGGACACGAACACAUCUCUCUUUGAUGACACCAACUCAAGGGUGGAAUUGACACGCCCCUAUGUGUGUUUGGCCAAUCAGACUAUCCGCGGCUUCACUGUACUCGGGAAUGACACGACAGUGGGUGUGUGGGUGAGGGAACUCGAGGUGCAAGCUUUCGAAUUCCUCACCAACAACGGAACGUUCUCAGGAGGAAAUGGUAUACUUCACUCUCCGAGGGUGUGUCUACUAGACCACACUAACACUGGUAAUGAGGUAGUCCCCAUUGCUGUGGGGGCUGCUCUCGGUGUACUAGUCGCCAUUGUCCUUCUUGCCUAUUUACUGGGGAAACUACGCAACAGGAGAAAGAGCUCUUAUGAAGCACUCAAUUAGGUGUCACGAGUGAUCGUAUUCUGCACAGGCAUGCACGGACACAUUUUAAAAUAAUGCUAUCCUCCGAUUGUUGUUUUUGUGAAAUAAUUAGUAGUGUGAGUUUAUGACUUAUGUUAACUGUUGA